CGAGAACUAAAAGUAAUGCAAAAGCGUAAGAGAGUAAAUGUAACGGGCAAAGCGAAAGAAAGAAUGUACAUACUUAAGUAAAAGAGGGAUUAGCGUAAGCAUAAAGAAGUUUCAAAAUUGCGCGGGAGAGUGUUGGCCGUAGUGCCAACCUCCUAGGCGCGUGACCGACAGAGUUCGUUGGGCAAAAAGGGACGGUAAAGUCUCUAAAGAACGCCACCCGGAUGCAAAAAUGCAUCCCAUUUUUCCGAACCGGUAAAUCAUACCCGGUGGUGGGGACACAUUCCCCUUCGCUGGUUUAGACCGCCAUUUUCCCUGGAAGGAUGUCGAGCGUGCUUGAGGGUGACUACCACUGCAUACAUACAUUCUGUUUAACAAAAAUUACAUUAACAAAUCCUGCAAAAUACACGCGUUGCGGAAUAGAUUUGAUGAAUUUUUUGAACAUGACGAAUAACGAUGAUGCGGAUAUCAAUCAGAAGAACAUAAAAAUCUUCGUCAGGGUUUUCCCAUUCGAGAAGUUGUGUGAAUCUUGUGCAAAGAUUGACACGGAACGGAAGAAAAUAUACAUAAGAUGUUUGCAAGAAAUGCAAUCGAACCGAAUCGCCACAUCGAAAGAACCAUCUUACUGGUGUUUUCAAGUUGAUGACAUCUUUCACGAUUCCUCCCAAGAAGAGGUCUAUCGUGUUUCAACGGAAGAUCUUGUGCCAAAAAUGUUAGAUGGAGUAAAUUGCAUAUUAAUGGGCUACGGACAAACAGGCUCCGGGAAGAGCUUCACUAUUAGCGGUCUGAGAAACAAUUGGGAACACAGAGGGCUGAUUGCACGACUAAUAUCUCAGAUGUUCGCUGAGAAACGACGUAAGAAGAAAAGUAACAAGAUACAAUAUUGUGUGAGUUACGUUGAGUUGCAUGGAAGAGAAGCAAAAGACCUGUUAACUUACGACGAAAAUAGAGUUAGGAUAAAUGAUAGAGAUCCUUUCAAGGAUAUAUCUGUGGUAAUGGUGGAGAACGCAGAGGAAGCUCUUCGAAAGGUUUUCGAAGGAGAAGUACGAAGAUCGAGCGUAAAAGGUUCGACGUAUCCUGUGUCCCAUUUGGCCACUGCUCUGAUCACUUUCCACGUGUCUAAUAUCAGCUUAAUUACAUCUUGGGGUACUGUAACCACGGCCAAAAUGCAUAUCGUUGAAAUGGCUGGUACAGGAACAGUAGGAAAAAGUAGUAAUUGCUGGAAAGCAGCCACAGAUGUUGGUAUAGCUAAUUUAACGAAAACUCAGCUAGAGCAAUUUUUCUCGUAUCUAUCAGCAGGAAGAAUAUCUGCUAGUACUCUGAUACGUUCCAGUAAUUUGUUAAAGAUCCUGGGCAAUGCUUUUUCAGUUUCAUCUAUAAUUCGAUUCAUAUCUCACGUUCGAAUCAAGGAAGAGGAUUUGAAUAUCACGUUGUCCACUUUAAAAUUGACAGCAAAAAUCGCGAAAUUCAAAUCGGUCAGAGUACGAGAAAACGUGAAACACCAGCCAGAUUUAUUGUUACACAGACUUCAGGAUCAAGUUAACGCUUUGAAGAAGGAAUUGAUGAUAAACGACUUGUUCCUUCAGCAAGAACAUCUGAUGAAUAUCUCUGAAUCACGAAUGGAACAAAUCAAUCGAAGUGUCGUUAAUUUUUUGAACGGCAACAUUUCGGAUUUCACAUUGUUCAGCGUGUCUCAGGCUGAAAUAUUGUUGAAGAGUAUCAAGGAUUUAUACAACAGAUUAAUUGCAAAGGAGCUCGAAGUUGAAAAGUUGAAAGAGACAUACGAGAAUCUUACGAGAAGUAUCACGCAGAUUAAUGCGUUAUCAACAUUACCUAAGGAAAGCAUUUUACUUGCCGAUGACAAGAAGAGUACACAAGAAAUCGAACAGUCUUCAAAAGAAACAUACAAAAAAGUCGGAAGUUUAAAUGACUCUGGUAUGACUUUGGGUCCUUAUACAGAAGAAGGGGAGGUAGAAGAAGAAAAUGAUGAUGAUGAAGAAGAAGAAGAAGUUGGUACUAACGAAACGCUGAAAAUUCGGAAGAAUUCAAGAAAGGAUGAAAUUCAUAAAAUUCAUGUUUCACAGGUUCGACAAAUGUUCGACCGUUUUCUGAAAGAAAAGAAGGAGUAUGGAAGAAUGAAGGAGAAGUUGGAUAGAAUUGAGAAAACACUGUUUGUAGUUCGACAUAAAUUCUCAAACACGAUUGAAAAAUACUUUCAGGCAAAAAGGAAUUUGGAGAACAUACAGGAUAAAUUGAGUAAACAUCAGCAAAUUCGAUACAUUAUGGAGAGAGAAAUUUGUAACGAAAGGAAGCACGAAGUUCCGGAAAUUGAAAAGAUCAUCCAUCGAGAUGUUCUGUGUCACCAAAAAGUGCUAGUAAAUUUAGAGGAAAAAGUCGAACAAGAACAAGAAGAGAUUGAUAAAUUAUUUGAGCAACAAGCUGAUUUGUGUUCGGAGUUAGAAUUAGGGUUUCGUGAAUACUGUAAAACAAUGGAUCUGUUAUUAUGUCACACCGAUAAACCCAUGAAAAUGUUAUUGGCACCUAUCGAUCAAGAAUCCCUGGAAAUAAUACGACGAAAAUUCAACAAGUACCAACGCGGAAUGUUUCGCAAGAUUGAGGACACGGCAAAAUCGACGAAAGUGCAUUUCAAUUCUAACCGAACGUGAAGGCGUAUUAAUUAUAAACAUGAUAAAAAAUAUAUAAUUUAUAGCAAUAGAUACUGAAGUUUAAUGUAGAUGUAACAGAAUAAAUACAUUUCAAGCUACA